GCCCGGCGACGUGACGCGUCGCCCUCGCACGCACGCGCCGAUGCAAAGGAAUCGCAUCGAGAGGACCGCGUCAAAGCGAUGGCGGGGGUCGGUGCGGCGGAUUAUAUCGGCGGCUAUUUACAACCUAUCCUGCUUCACGCACGGUUGCAGCACGGGCUGGGUGUCGGGCGUGCUGGGGCGCGAGGCCCUGGCGGGAGGCGCGUGGCUGGCCGCGCUGCCGUGCCUCGUGGCGCUGCCCACCGCGCCCUUCUUCGCCUUCCUGGCUGACGCCCGCGGCAGGCGCGUGGGGGCGGGGGGCGUCGCCGCUACUUUUAUUUUAAGCUGGUCGCUUGCGGCGUGGUGCGGUCCCCGCGGCGUCUGGGCAGCCCGAGUAGCGGCGGGCGCAGGAGGUGCGGGGGCUUUAGCACUAGCCCCAUUAUACUGUGCUGAAAUAUCACCGAGGACUAAAGGGUUGGCUGCUAUGCCUGCUCUGUCUAUCAGCUGCGGCAUCCUCUUCGCUUUCGUGGCAGGCGGCAUACUGUCAGCACACGCACUCUCUCUGUCAAUGGCUGCGCCUCCAACGGUACUCCUACUAUCACUUAUGUGGCUGCCAGAGACGCCUUCUUUUCUCAUUAGCGUCGGACGGAUGCAGGACGCAGCCAGAGUAAUCUGCUGGCUAGACGGCUCAGACUUCCGCGAAGACCUGACGGAUGCCAUCGAGCAGCAGGAAGUCAUGAUCAGAACGGAGCCAAGCCGUCGAGAGUCCGAAGCGCUACAGCCGAUGCUCAGACGCAGCCGGAGUGAGGGCACUAGCGAGGGCAAGGAGCAGUCCGUGUGUCGGGAUCUAUUCCGCCAUCGCCGUUCCCGACGUGCGCUGAUCUCCUGCUGCCUUCUGCUGACCGCUGCGGCUGGCAGCGGCGCAGGCGCAGUCAACAGCUUUGCAGCAGCCGUGCUCACUCACUCCGGGCACUCGUUGCCAGCGCUGAACCUUACUGCUUAUAACUUUACUGUGUAUAAUGGAACAGUGUCCCGUGGAUGGAGACAGACGUCAGAAACUGGGUCCGUGCUCUGUGGCACGGCGCUCGUUCUUGGAGCCGCAGUCGCCACUGUGACCGUCGAUAAAGUCGGACGGAAGGUGCUACUUCUAACAUCCUGUGUCGGCAUAGCAUUCUGCCUCGCCAUCCUCGGUCUCUACUGCGACCCUCGAGCUCACAUGUACUCCUGGUACCCGCACCGACUGUGGCCUUAUCGAAAACCUAUAGUCAAAGAAAAAACACACGGCAACUAUACAAUUGAAAAUAUGGCUAAAGAUGCCUUAAGAAAUAUAACCGAUUCAAUGCCAUUUCAUUAUUUAGGAAAUGAAAGUAUAGCAGAAAUAAGUCUACAAAGAGUAGAAAAGGAGGUUAAUAAUAGCGUAGAAGAAGCAUCAUCAGUAAAAAUAGAUCCAAACCUAAUGGAGAAGAAUAUUGAAGAUUCUAUAUGGCCACCAGUGAUACUGCUGUCAAUGGUUUUGUUCCUGUACAACAUUGGUUUGGGAUCCGUGCCUUACGUAUUGAUCUCGGAAUUAUUUUCAAUCAAUGUACGCAGCGUCGCAUCAAGCUUGCUCAUAUCCUGGAUGUGGCUCAGCAGCUUCUUCACUCUUCGCUACUUCGGUUCUCUCGCUCUUACCCUCGGUCUCCACGGCAUUUACUACAUCGGUGCUUCUAUCACACUCCUCGUCUCCGGGUUCAUCUACUUCAUGUUGCCUGAAACAAAAGGGAUGAAUCAAAAGCAAAUUGAUGAUCUGUUGAAUGGCCCACUCCUGGUUCAUAAAAAAAGGAAACGCAAGACGAAUGAGACUUGAUCUUCGGAUUUGACCGAGAGUCGAGUUUCUGUGUUUUAAAAGAUACAUUAUGCUACACGAAGCAGAAGAUAUCAUUGAAUAUUAAAAUCAAAACGUCAAGUGUGUUGGAUGGAUUUGUAUAAAUGUGGCUAAAGAGUUAUUUCAGUCAGACAUCACAACAAACAAGCUAUUGUAUUUCGCAUAUCAGAAUGGACAAUUAAAUAUUUCCUAUGAAAAUAGUUUCUGUCUAUCACUAUAUAAAUCGGUUCUGUAAGAUAUUAAUGUUUAGGAGUAACACUAAUCCGCACAAUUCAAGUGAUUUAGGUAUCAAGAUAAAAGGCAAAGGUAGAAAUUGUUUAGUAUGUAUUACACUAAGAAUCCCUUUUGAUGAACUUGAAAAAUGACUCGAUAAAUAAGCAAUUUGGAAGGCAUGGAAAAUAUUCUAAAAGAGUAAUAUUUUGAUCGGAUAAUGAACUAGAAAAUUAUGUUUUAGCCGAUAGCAGAAAGAUACAUCUAAAUAAGUUUCUUCAAAAGGAUUCCUGGUCCAAAGUCUUAACUAAUCUUAGCAACGUUACACAUUAUACUGAUACAAAUAUUACAAAAUUCAUUUUCUCUAUAUUUUAUUGUAUUUGGGGUUCCUGAAGUUCCAAGGGUUUAGGAGUUUUGUUCGUAAUUUAAUCAAUCAUUUACAUUAAUACAAUUAUAAAUAUGAUCGGUCUAGUCUUUGAAAUUGAUACGAUAUUUUCUUGAUAACUGAUAGCGAACUGAAUAAUUCUCAGGAUGAUGACAUUUUUAAAAAAGUAAUUUGUACAUAAUUGAAACUAGUAUUAUAUAAUGGGAAGUAUUAAAAUGAAAAUAUUUGUCUGUGUGAUUGAUUUGCUGAGAUUAGUUAAGAUAAACUUUAGUCUAGAAUAAACUGAAUUAGAUGGCAUAUACUUACUAAAAGAAAAAGUGACAAAUAUAACACUUUAAACUCCCGCGUUUUAUACACAUAAUUAAUGUCAUUAACGGGUUUAAAAUAAAGAAAUUUAAUCACAUUAAUUAUGUAAAAUGUGACCAAGCCCUCCAGUGGCCGAGGCCAGUAUAUUUUAUUUAGUAUAAUAUGACUUCUAUUUCAGUUUAUAAUUUUAGUAGUGUGACUACUUAAAAACACAAAUCAAAAUAUUUAAUAAAAAUAGUUUGGUUUGUUGCCUAGUUUUUUAAAGAUGUUAAUAUUUAGGAUAUUAUACCAAAUUAGUAGAUACCAAAGGAGUAGAUAAUCGAGAGCCAAAUUUUAAUAAUAUUAAUAUAGAUGUGAUCGUUGUAUAUUUUUUAAUGGAAAUAAUGCUUUCGGUGUAAUAUUGUUAAUUAGAUAGACAUUUUAAAUGUACAGAAUAAUAAAUGUGUUUAAAUUUACAGAUGCACGGCUGAAGAUUAAGCAAAUAAAAUGACAAUAAUAAUUAAGUGCAUUCUCUCAGUUUGAGAAGCCUCCACCUCACUGUCAUAUCAUACUAUCUCAUUUUCUAAAGUAUAGAAAAACGAUUAUUUACUUUUAUUGACAGGUAUCUUCUUACUAGUCUAUAAUAUUAUACUCGCUCCUUUAUUUUUACUUUCGAAAGUUUCUUUUUGAGACGUACCUAUUUAGGUACCAUUCUAAACCAUCUAUAACCAUUGUUGAAACUAGGCCAUUUUGUAUAUCCGCAGUUUUUUUAUUAUUUCGGUUUUACAACUCAAAAUUCAUUUUACUUUGACCUUUUGAGGAACUCUGUCAAUAUUAUAUUCAAAGUUGAAAAUAGUUUCAGUAUAUUUCAUCUUUUGUCGAUUUAAGAACAUCGUCAUAUAUCAUUCUAACAUUUCAUUAUUCGUCAAUUACUUUGUACUGUUCUAACUUUAAAUGAAAUCAUACUAGUUUAUGUUCCUAGUCAUAUCUUACUAGCUUAGUAUUCUUAGGAUUAAAAUCUGUGUUUAUAUUAUCACGUCUUUUUAGUGCAUCUGUAAUUUAAUUCUGUAAAGUAGUUAGAAUAUAUUUUAAUAUUGCUCAGUGUUAUAAAAAUGGGUGUGAUAUGAAUGGUAUAGCUUUUUUUAAAAUCUUUUGCUAUCCGUGCCUCAGCAAAUGUUUUGUAUUGUUUUGACUCACCAAAAUAUAUAUAAGCACGCAUACCUAUUUUAAUAAAAGUUCCGCGUUAGUUUUGAGAAUCAAAACAUUUGACUGUACCGAAAAAAGUUAGAUUAACAGUAGGUUAAAACAUUAUGAUAUCAAACUUACCUAUAUUACGGAGUAAAUUUUUUGGGUAUUGUUGGUUAUUUACUGCGAAAAAGGUAUCGGAAAAAACAUUGUACAAAUUUACCUAGAAUGCGGAUAAAGCAGGUAAAAACGAGUGCGCUUAGAUUACAUGAUGAUUGCUAUGAAGAUGAUGGAAUCAAAACACACAGACGGCAGAUAAUGUUGUAUAAAAGGAGGCCCCUAAUCGUGGUUGUAGGUACAGAUAGAGCACGGAGAACAUAGGAAUGUGUAUAUUUUUUGCAUGUUUGUAUGUCAUGGAUGGUUGUAACAAAAACAUAUUACAAAGUGUUCAAAUAAAUA